AUGUCGAGCCCAACUAAGGUCUACCUGCCUCCAGACCUGCCGUAUCCCAUCAAAGUCUCGUCACUGGACGUCAAACCGUCCGCAUCAGUCCAGCGUGGUGUACGGCUACUCAGCUACUCCUUCAAAUAUCAACCCACAACUCCCGGGUCACGCUCGGAAUUUCGCUUCGGAACAUGGGACUGUUCCCUUGAAGGCAUUGUUGAUGCUUGGAAAAUUCGAGUGGGGGAAGUGAUCACCCUUCAGCGAGCCAAAGAGCCUGUCAUCACCAUCAUCGAGCCCUGCAAGCACGGGAUCCAGGUUGGAGGCCUAUGUGGGCUAUGCGGGAAGGACAUGACAGUUUAUGACUACACAGGUUUCUCUGAUGCGUCGCGUGCAUCCAUUCAGAUGACCCACUCCGCCUUCGGGCCUACCGUAUCCUUGGAAGAGGCACAGAGAAUCGAACAGGAGACUGCAGAACGUCUACUGAAAUUCCGGAAAUUGUCUCUAAUAGUCGAUUUAGACCAAACUAUCGUUCAUGCCACAGUGGAUCCCACAGUUGGCGAGUGGAUUGCAGAGGGCGAGGCUUGGGAAGCUGGACAGGCUAAGAAGACAACUUCAGCUUCCACAUCAAUUGACUCGGAUUCUGACACAGAUGACGCAGAGGACGAGUGUAAUCCGAAUUGGGACGCACUCAAGGACGUGCGUAGGUUCCGACUCGGCCCUGAAGCUUUGGGUAUUCCUCGACGUAGUGGUCCAACAAGGGCCGAGGGAAAACAAAAACAUAUUGAAAACCAAGGCUGUAUGUACUACAUUAAACCUCGUCCAGGUUGGCAGGACUUCCUCAAACGGCUAUCUUACAAGUACGAGAUGCAUGUCUAUACUAUGGGCACUCGAGCAUAUGCCGAGGAGGUCUGUGCGGCCAUAGAUCCAGAUGGUAAGGUAUUUGGCGGCCGUAUCCUGAGUAGAGACGAAAGCGGAAGUCUCACGGAGAAAAAUCUUCAGCGCUUGUUUCCAUGCGACACUUCUAUGGUAGUCGUCAUCGACGACCGAGCUGACGUAUGGAAAUGGAGCCCCAACCUGAUCAAAGUGAUACCUUAUGAUUUCUUUGUCGGGAUCGGGGACAUUAAUUCCACAUUUCUUCCAAAAGUGGAUUCUCUCGGCUAUGACCAGAAUUCUCAGAACAAAACUGCCAUUCCUCCAGCCGUCGGCGAAUCUGUCGUACCAACAGCGUCUCUAUCACCUCUUUCUGAGCCUGAAGAGAAAGAGCGAGCAGAGAGCGAAUCUAAGGCCAUGUUGACGCAAAAUUCUCUUGCUCUGGAAGCACAGGUGGAAGAACGACCAUUGGCAAAAAAACAGGAGGAGUUACAGACGAGUUCUAAUGAAGCCAGCAGCUCAGGCAGUCAGAAUGCUCCUUCAGAAUCACUAAGCACAGCUGCGUCACAGCGUUUAAAGGGUGUACCACCGCGAAAAGCACUACUAAAGAAUGAUGAUGUCGAAUUAAAGCGUGUUGGUGAUCUGCUGGAAGGUGUCCACCGAUGGUUCUACACUGCGUAUGAUAACUAUUCUGCGGAGGAACGCAAGAAUAAGCGCACAUUGGCGCCCACCGGAACCUCAUCCGCCAAGCCAUAUGAUGUUACGCGAACCCUGGAAGGCGUGCACAUUCUGUUUUCUAGUGUGAUACCACUGGAUACACAGCCAGACACAACGGAGGUAUGGAAAGUCGCAUGCAUGUUUGGCGCCAGGUGUUAUCAAGAACUUUCCCCCCGCGUAACGCAUGUCGUUGCUGCCAAGCACGGAACUGCGAAGGUUGAUGCAGCGAGAAAAAGAGGAGGUGUUAAGAUUGUAUGGUUGUCCUGGUUUACCGAUUCGGUAGCGCUUUGGCAGCGACAAGAUGAAACACCAUAUCUUCUUGACGCUCCUACACCCUCAGCUGCAAGUCUAAGUCCCAAUCUCGACCCUAAUCAGAUAUCGUCUGAUCCGGAGCCAGACGCCGAUGACUGGGAUGUCGUACCGGUUGCUGAAAACCCAGCGCUCGAGCUUGACAGUAUCGAUUGGAACGAUGUCAACGCCGAGGUGGAAGCAGCUAUGAAUGAAAGCGAUGAUGAUGACGAUGUAGCAAGUGAGCGCGGUAGUCUGAAGAGUGGCAUGGCGACGGAUGACGAGAUGGCGACUGAUGAUUCGCGUAGUCGGAUCAGCAGUACGAAUUCCUCACCACGGCUCAAGCGUAAACGCCUCCGCAGUGUCACACCGUCAGACAGCGGCAAUGGGCCAGCUGAUCAACAAGACCUCCUGCGGUCCCCGCUUUCCAAGCGGAAGAAACUUGUAGCGAGUCGGACUGGGGCAUCUAGACUGAAGGAGGCAUUCACCGCUGAGCAGAUUGCUGAGGCUACGCGAGGAAGGAGCCGCAGCAAUAGCCUUCAACUACCACUGCCUUCGUCAGGUAUUCCGAGUCCAGCGGAUGAGGACGAUGAAGAUGAAGAGGAUGAUUUCCUGGCCCGAGAAUUAGGGGAAGAUUGGGGAUAG